AUGGAAUCACCAUUACAUAUUUCAAUUGAUGAAUAUAGUCCUAUUGAACAUCUUAUUAUCAAUAAUGAAUUUGAUAUACAUCAACUACCUGUUCUCUUGUCAUAUGUUCCUCAACUUCGUCGUUUGUCUCUCGGUAAUUUAUUUCAAUGUUCGAACGAACAAAUAAUUUCAUGUUCAAUCAAACUAAAUCAUUUGAUACAUGUAUCUCUUAAUAUGAUUAAUAUUACUUUUGAUCAAUUUGAAAUAUUAAUCAAACAUCUUUUUUUUCAAGUUCAAGUGUUAUAUAUUACAACUACAAAUGAUAAAAUAUAUUUAGAUGCAAAUCGAUGGGAAAAAUUGAUUUUAUCUUACAUACCAUAUUUACGAAUUUUUUAUAUUCAAUGGGAAUAUUUUCCACAGAAAAAUGUUAACACAGCUGAUAUUUUCAUGAUUGAAUCAUUUCGAACACAGUUUUGGCUUGAACGACAAUGGUUCUUCACAUUUACUCUUGAAUCAGCAGAUGAUGAUUGUUAUCGAGUUCUCUUUUCUACAAAUCCAUAUAGAAGAAAAUCUUAUACAUUAUAUGGGAAUCUAGACAAAGAUAUGAUAUCAAAUUAUCAGAAAAACAGUAUAAAUUCCGUUCAUCAUGUUUAUAUCAAACAAGAACAAACGAUAGAUGAUGAUUGUAGAAAUUAUUUUCCAAAUGCUACUGAACUGACUCUCUCUUAUAAUAGUAUUAAUGUCAAUAGAAAUUCUCCUUCAAUUAUUCUCAAUCAUAUUGUUCCAUUGACACAACUUACGAAAUUAAAUAUCAAUGUUAAAUCAUUUCUCUUCAAAACAAUGAUUGAACUAUUAUAUUUAACAUUGAAUAUUCAUACUUUGAGUGUUGAAGAUAUAUGUUUUGAUAAGAAAGAAUUACUAUCAAUUCAACAAACUGAAAUUUUUCAAUUAGUAUCAACUAGAAAUAAAAUUAAAAAUUUAACUAUUAAUUCAAUAUAUGCAUUUGAAGAAAUAAAAUUAUUCAUACAUCUUUGUUCUCAAUUAGAAUGUCUUAGAAUGCGUCCAGUAUAUGAUGAUUUUGAAGGAAUUUUACGAUAUCUCUUAUCGAAAAAUAACAACAAUACUCGAUGUUUAUUCUAUAUAUGUGUCACGGAUUUUUCUUCAGAAGAAAUUGUAACAAUAGAUGCUGUUAUGGAAUCAAAGGAAACUAUUGAUGAUUAUCAAGCAAAAAGAAUAACACAAGAUUUUUAUGAAGAUAUCUAUUUCUGGCAAUGA